AUGCCUGUAAAGCCAGGAAAGUCAAAUGCUCAGGUUCUCCAGGUCCAUGUGAAAGCUGCGCUCGCCGCAAAACCGACUGUCAUUUCAGCGCCGCAAAAUUGCCCCGGCGGCCUAACACCCGAACAGUCUACCAAAGCCGACCUCAGAACAGCGGAGCCAGUACCAGAUUUAUAUGUGGAUCGCCUCCUUGCGAAUGCUCGCCGGCCGGAUCUGCUCAAUCAUGAUCGUCGUUUCACUGUCAAGAGAAAUGGUCUAUUUCUCGGAAAUUUCAGCUUGACAUUCUUCUCGGAUGCGAGACUUGAACAAUUAUCAAAACGCCUUGGAAAUGACAAGGUCAAACAAUUAUGUUCCCGGAUCUCGUCGGUCAUUCGUCAUCGUGUGCAGCAACAUGAAGAAUUGUCUUCCAACUCCUUGAGGCUCACGGCCGGGUCCGUAUUCGAAGCAUCCACAAGCCUCCCAGAGGCUAAAAGUUGGAUUCAAUCGUACUUUGACCGCGUCCACCCUUUCUACCCCUUUUUGGAUCGAAGGGCCUUUGAAUCACUCGCCUUCAGCUCGAAUCUGCCACAAUCUCUCGUACAGGACAAGGCAUGGUCAGCCCUGUACCAUUCGGUGCUUGCCCUUGGAUGCCAAGCCAUGGGCGGUGGCAGCUUCGAAGCAGGUAAAGGCGAAGCCUGGCGCCUGUUUUCCGUAUCUCUCGGCUUGUUUCCGGACCUCAUUACCUUGCCCGAUUCCCUGACUGUCCUGCAAGCAAUGGCUGCCAUGACCAUCUACUCGCUGGGGAUAUCUUGCAUCGCCAUUGAACAUGUCAUCAUAUCCGAAGCCGCCAGGAGAGCGCAGAAUCUGGGCAGCAGCAAAUUGACAGGCGACGAGGCAAUCAAUUACCACAAAGUCUUUUGGGUCAUGUACUCUACGGAAAAGAUUUCGAGUUUUCAUUUUGGCCGAAACUCUGUUUUUAAUGAUCACGAUAUUGUGUGUCCAAUCCCAUCAGUGCCAGAGGCUGUAACUGCAGGAUUUGACUGGUUUCUAGCUUGUGCUAGAUAUGCGAGGUUGCUCUCGCGGGCCAUGUCGAACCUGUUCUCGGUUAGUGUACUGGGAAAUCCGAAAACAUAUUACCUGGCUACAAUUGAACAGCUCACUCGGGAGCUAGAGACGUGGCGCCUUUCUCUGCCCCCGGAUAUUCGACCUGGAGAAAGGUUUUGGCAGAACGCCUCCAAGGGAAACCUUUUAGUGGCGCCUGCCAUCUGGGUUGCUUGCUUGUACAACAGUUUUCGACUGAGUCUAAAUAGGGCAACAUUGUACUUGGCUGCAGAUGCUCCGGAAGUAGUGAGCAAGGCGCAACAGGCUGAGAGUACAAAGGCCCUGAUGGAAACUUCCCGUUCGACCUUGGAGUUGACGACUUUCAUCGAUGUCGAACCAUAUACCCCUCUUUGGAUUAUCGGUGGUAUUCCCCUCACUGCGCAUUUCACACUCUUCGACCUCGUGAUCAACAACUCGAGUCACCCAGGCACUGCAGGAAAUCUAGCCCUGCUCAAUAUUGCCGGAGGCCACUUUAGCAGAAUCGAGUAUGCGAGCGAUGGGCACCUCCCGGGAUCUGUGAUAGCAGAGUUCACCCACAUUGCACGAGAAUAUGUCAACUCAACGACCCAGAGUCAGAUCAGCACCGAGCCUUUACGUGCAGCUCGAGCGCCUGGCCCUUCAACGACCGACCCGACGACUAUCAACAGUGCCGAUGCAAAAAUGAUCAAUUCUGAUCUCGUAACCAAUCCGCCCACGUUGAGUGUAGACCAGGCUUUGGCUUCAACUACGCAAGCAGACCCGGUUGCCAUGUCUUUUGGUGACAUGCUUUACUUCCCCAUUGGAGAGGAAUUCAUCGACUCUAGUGAGAACAACCUAAUGGGUAUUGAUAUCAUGGAUCUCUUCAAUACGCAUAUUCCUGGAAUUGAUCCAAUGUUCUUUGGCAAUUAG